UUUUUUUUUUUAAUUUUUUUUUCUCACUCAUGUCUUUUAUACCCAAUAUACAAGAUACCCAUCAAGAUGAUAAAGAAUUAUGGACUGUGAUUGAGAAGCAACGAUUGAUUAUUCAACAACUUCAGGGUGCCCUGAAUGACAUGACACUCGAAAGAGACGGGUUACUCGAAAAACUACAAAAUAGAACACCUACACCACCACCUCGUUCGCCCUUUCGAACCAAUCAACCUGAAAAGACAGUAGAAAAAACCAACAAUUUUACAAGUGUUCUUAUCAAAGUAAAACUAUUUCAACAAACCAGUUUUACACUUUCUAUUGUGGACAAGAAAACCCUGGUAGAAUUAUGGUCUAUUGAGAAACUUCAUUCUGAAUUCCUUGAUUUAGAUACAACUCUUAAAGCACUUUCAACAACAAACAAUACUCUACUAUUUUAUGAUAAGUCUUUUUUGUUCUUUAACAAGUCAGUUGAUAACAGGAAGCGUAAAUUAGCAAUUGAAGAGUAUUUUGAGCAAAUUCUCCAAUUCACAGACGACCAAGCGUUGUUUUUAUUCUUAUUAGAAAAGCCACAUUUGCAUCAAGGCCAUUUAACCAAACGCACUAAAUUUGGAUGGACACGGUAUUUCUUUAUCUUGACAGAUACUCGACUGUUUUGUUUUGAUCGACACGAUGGGCAGUUAUUUGUUAGGUACAUUAGCCUCGUUCCUGAAACUCAGAUUGGGAAACAAUCCAGCGGGUCAAAUGUCAAAGAGUCUUUCCGACAUGCUUUUGUCAUUUUAAAUAAGGACCACAAUACCAUUCUUUGUGCAGCAUCAGAUAAAGAAAGAGACAAAUGGGUCAAAAUGCUGCUCAAGUCCGUGAAACCGAAAGAAGAUAAAAAAGCAGCUUUUGUAGACAAGAAACCAGAUAGUGUUGAUGUGAAUGAUCAUCGCAAGUCAUUCUGGUCUCGUAAAAAACAGACUUCAGAAACAACAGUCAAUAACGAUAGUUCAUUCUCCGGCAGUGCCAGUAGUACCUUGUUUCCUGUAUUUGGUGUAUCUCUGGAAGAAGCAGUUUAUACAGACAAGUUUGACCUACCUGCUAUUGCGUAUCGAUGUAUCGAAUAUUUGGAAGCACGUCAUGCUAUUUAUGAAGAAGGCAUCUAUCGUAUGAGCGGUAGUUCACUCCAGAUCAGUCAAUUAAGGCAAAAGUUUGGUGAAGAAGGCGAUAUGGAUUUAUUACAGCAAGAUCUGGAUCUUCAUGUUGUAGCUGGUCUACUCAAAUGCUGGUUAAGAGAAUUACCUGAUAAUGUCUUGACAAAGCAACUUUUGAAUGAGUUUGUUAGUGUACUAGGUAAGUAUAUAUAUAUAUCAUGUAGCUUGUGGUUAAUAAGAAGGUUAGAAUAUCAAGAUAGGCCUUCACGGAUCAAAAUAUUAGGUCGAUUGGUAUCUCGACUGCCUACUGUCAACUAUUCGCUUUUACGUGCAUUAAUUGCCCAUUUAAUUCAUAUUGUGCAUCAUGCAGAACGCAACAAGAUGAGUCUGCGUAACCUCAGUAUUGUGUUUGCACCUACACUUUCGAUUCCCUCAGGUGUGUUUGCCUUGUUGAUGACUGAAUUUGACUAUGUGUUCUAUACUACACCUGAAAAAAUCAUCAUUCCACCUAUUCAUGUGCCUGAACCAUCCACUUCAGCAGACCGCAUUAAGCAACAAUAUCUUAAAACAGUUGAACAAGAAGGUAGAUCAGACCACAAUAGUGUUCGAUAUAAACAACGUGUGCCACUCAGCAUGAUAGGGAUAGAAAGUAUGAUGAAUCAAGGCAAAUUGCUCAUAUCAGAAAUGCCCGCAAACAAAUGAUGUCAAAAAUGAGCGAUAUUGAAUAAAAUUCAAUGACCGUUUUUGCACAUGUAAAUAAAAUAUCACCUUUGUUUUUUUCCUCUCUCUCUCUCUCUCUCUCUCUCUCUCUCUCUCU